AUGUACGGGGACGCUAGACAGAAAGCGACGGAUCCUGCAGCAAUCACAGUGAUACCAAGAAAGAACGACCAUCACACUGAUAUUGGUCAAUGUGGGAAAAAGAUUGGAGCAACGUUGGUCGCGACCACUGCCACUUUUUUCUAUCCAGAAAUGGCAACUGGAUUGCCUAAAUCAGAUGCAUUGUUGGCAAUCGGCGGGCCGCAGAUGCCGCUCUCUAGGGUUAGGGUCAAUGAAACGGCACAUAUCAUGACGACGCAUAAAGCUGCUACCACUGCAGGUCAAUACCGAGAUUUGUUGUUGCAAGGGCGUUUCGGAACUGCAAAUUCCAAGGUGCGCUACGGAUCCGUACGGACGUUUCUUACAGCUAACAAGUUGAUUACAGGCCCGUCUCAACGGCUGCCCACCGGCGACACGAUGGGCAAAUGCGAGACUCGAGAGACAGCCUGCAAGAACCCACUAACAGACAAAACAACCAUAAUCAUCAAACCCGUAGUCGGGAAGAUUCCAGUACUGGAAUCGGAGGCGAAUGCGUUUCUGCAAAAUCUCCCCGUCGAGCAUCGCUCCGGGCUCAAGAUUGGACACAGACCAACAUAUUAUUCGUUUCGGGAACUGAUACUUGAAAGCCAUCCGGUUUCGCGUCACAGUACCAGAGACGGCAGCCAAGGCGGCCUGUUGGAAAGCGAGGAAGGCAGCAGUGAAGGUGGCGUAGUAAACGAGAGAGGCCCAAUGGACGAAGCAGUGGUCGGCACCCAACGGCCUUCCUUGAUGCUCGUUAUGAAGGCUCGGAAAAUGGUACCAGGUGCCUAUAAAGGGAGCAGCGGCGAUAGACGCAAAGAAUAUGCGAGUUACAAGUUCGCAGGAAAGACCGUUGACUGUGACGAGUUGAAAGAAAGGGGGACCCUGCCGCUCUUUUAG